AGGAAAUGUUGCAAUCAGGCCACUCCUUGUUUACCUGGGCGAGGGGGCAGGACUUACCGCCAAGCAAGGCAAACAAAAAAAGACCAGGACCGCAAGUGACGGCAGGUGUGUGAACUGUGCGCGGAGAAAGGGGGGCUGUUUUGGAAAGUAGCCUCAUUUGAGAAGCUCAUGGAGGGCCCGGAGAAGUCCGCUGGGACAAUGGGGUUGCUGAAAACCUUCGACGCCGCUGAGUUUGGGAGCUGGGAGAAGAUUGGCUCCGGCGGAUUUGGACAAGUGUACAAAGUACGGCACGAGCAGUGGAAAACAUGGCUGGCAAUCAAGUGUCCUCCCAGCCUUCAUAUAGACGAAAAGGAGCAUGCAGAGCUUUUGGAGGAAGCCAAGAAGAUGGAGGCAGCGAAGUUUCACCGCAUCCUUCCGGUGUAUGGAAUUUGCAGGGACCCGCAGGGCCUGGUGAUGGAGUACAUGGAGACGGGCUCCCUGGAGAAACUGUUGGCCUCCGAGGCGUUGCCGUGGGAGCUGCGUUUUCGCAUCAUCCACGAGACCGCCGUGGGCAUGAACUUCCUGCAUUGCAUGAACCCCCCACUGCUGCACCUGGACCUCAAACCCGCCAACAUCCUGCUGGAUGCCCACUACCAUGUUAAGAUCUCAGAUUUUGGCCUGGCAAGAUGGAAAGGUCUCUCCCGGGACGAAGAUAUCAGUCGCGACGGGUUCUGUGGCACCAUCGCUUAUCUCCCACCAGAGAGACUAAUUGAGAAGGAUCGAGUCUCGGACACCAAGCACGACGUGUACAGCUUUUCUAUAGUCAUGUGGGGAAUACUGACCCAAAAGAAGCCAUAUCAGGGAGAGAACAACAUCCUGCACAUCAUGCUAAAGGUGGUGAGGGGCGCACGGCCCGACCUGGCCGCCAUUCCGCGCCCCCGCCCCCCGGACUGCGACCGUCUCCUGCCGCUGAUGCAGCGGUGUUGGCACAGCUCCCCGGAUACCAGGCCCAGCUUCCUGGAGAUUACCUCUGAGACUGAGGAUCUUUGUGAGAAACCCUCUAAGGAUUCCAAACACCCAACUACUGACCUAGAGCAAAGCUGUGCUGAGCAGCAGGGGGACGACGUGCAGGCAGAGAAGCCAAAUCCAGUGCUGGUUCCAGAAAAAGACCUGAGCUUGAGCGAGCUGCUGACCCAGGUGGAUUCUGGGAUUUCCCAAAGCUUCGACUGCGUCCUAGACAAGAACACUCCAUGCAAGGAAAAUGUGGAGAAGAGGCAGUCCGGAGUUUCCGGGGAAGACCUUUCCUUCUCCUCCCGGGAGUCCCUCAACCUUUCAUUUGAAAAGGAAAUCACUGGGGUGCCGAAUGUGCAGCAGCAGAAGCUGUGUGAAGUGAUCAGGAUGCAGGACAUGGCCAGGCUAAUGAAGAUCCUGCAGCCGCAGGAUGUGGACCUGAUCCUGGAGGAUGGGCGCAGCUUGUUGCACUAUGCCGUUGAGAUGGCUAACGAGGAGGCGGUCAAGUUCCUCCUGCUUAAUAACGCUAACCCGAAUGCCGCCGACACCAGAGGCUCUACAGCACUGCAUCUGGCUGCCGAGAAGAGGCUGAGGAGCAUCGCCGAGGUGCUGCUCUCCCGCAAGACGACCAACCCCAACGCCAAGGACGAGGACCUCUACACGCCGCUCCACUUCGCCGCCCUGAACGGCGACGACGACAUCGCCCGUCUGCUCCUGGACAGGAACGCCUCCGUCAACGAGCCGGACUUCGAGGGCCGCACGCCCGCCCACGUGGCCUGCCAGCACGGGCAGGAGACCGUGGUGCGGGUGCUGCUGAGCCGUGGGGCGGACACCCGCGCGCUGGGCAAGGACGACUGGACCCCUCUGCACUUCGCGGCCUGGCAGGGCCACCUGGCCAUCGCCAAGCUGCUGGCCAAGCAGGCGGGGGCCAACGUCGACGGGCAGACCUCCGACGGGCGGACAGCCCUGCACCUGGCCUCCCACAGAGGGCAGUACAGGGUGGCGCGCAUCCUGGUCGAGCUUGGAGCGGACGUCCACCUCGCCGACGCCGACGGGCGUAUGGCCUUGCACUCGGCGGCCGAGAUGGGCCACACCAGCACCGCCAGGCUGCUCGUCAAACAUCACGCCCAGGUCCAGGCCCAGACCGCCAGAGGCAGCACCGCGCUCCACCUGGCUGCCCGACGCGGUCACCUGCCCACUGUCAAGAUGCUGGUAGAGCAGGGCGCAGACCCACUCGCGGUCGACCAGGACCUGCACACCCCCUGCCAUCUCGCUGCAGAGGAGGGACAUUCCAACAUUGUUAAAGAGCUUCAGCAGAGCUUUCCAGAGAAUUCAGAUGUACCCAGUGAGCAGGGACUGAAGCCUUUGCACCCAGCAAUUUGGGGAGGUUACACGGACAUGGGCAGCAUGUUGCUUUCCCAAGGAGCAGAGACACCACUACACUGCCAAAACUCAGAAUCCCAGAAUGCACUGCAGCCGACAGAGGAGGACAGCAGCAAGCCCACCUUGAUUACGCAUCUCCAGCCAGGGAUAGUGGUCCUGAAGCACACAGAGAAUGAGAUGCCUGUAUCCCAGGAUCCUGCUUGGCCUCUUUGUGCAUCGGCCUCCUGUUAAGCCGGUGCUGAAGGGACGAAAGGGAUUUCAUUGAAAUGAGCAGAUGGUGUUUGACAUUUAUUGAACCAGAAAGCUAUUAUAUUCACUAGACAGGCUGAAAAGUACCACUGACGGUGCAUAUUGUACUUGAAAGAGUGCAUGUGCGAUCGCAGAUUAUUCACAUUGCCAUUAACCAUAUCAUGGCAAUGAUGAAAAAGUUGUGCUUGGGGCUGACAGUGAUGAUAUUGAUUACAAUUUUUAAAUAAUCAAAGCAUUUUUUGAGAAAGGGAAUAACUUCAUAUUUGUUUUGGCUAAAUUUGUUGUUGCCCUGCUUCGAUUUCAUCUGAGAAAUGUUCUCACACACCCUUGCAUCCAGUUUGCAUAUUUGGACACAAAAGUGUUGCUAAAUGGAGCUAUAUUUUGUGAACAGAUUGCAGACACACAAAUACAAAACACACAGAACUGGGAAGGAGCUUCUAGGGAGUUACUGUAUCUGUUGUGGUGAAAUGGUUCACCCCUCUAAAACACACCCCACUUUCUGCCUCAGGCAAAACAAUUAUAUGGCAUACUUUGAACACAUUCCAGGACUUUUGGUAUGAAUGUCUUAACUCAGCACACUGGAAUGGAAACAGUUGGAUCUAUGUUGGGCAACUGCACUGUGCCAACGCACUUUUGUUGAUGCUACGCCCUUGUGUGCAUGAUUUUUUUAUAUCAUCCUAAAACCUAGUGUAGAAUUCACUGAUUGUUCAAUUACUUGUAUAAAAACCGAGUUUGCUUGGAUGGUCAAAAUUAAUCGGUUUCUGGAGUGUCCAAGGGACUGCAGUCAGUUAUGAGCUCAGCAUUGCAGUGAAAUUCUUCAAGUUGUUUUCAAGUCUGGACUGGAAAAAUAUAGCGUGCAACAAAAGCGAAAACACCCAUCUAUCCAUUAGAGGGGGUGCGGGAGCCUGUCCCAGCAUGCAGUGGGGGAGAGGCAGGAAUACACCCUGGCAAUCUAUCGCAGGGCACUCACACCAUUCACUCACACACUCAUACCUAUGGGCAAUUUAGAGUCUCCAAUUACAUUACAUUACAGGCAUUUAGCAGAUGCUCUUAUCCAGUGUGACAUACACAACUUUUUUUUUUCUUUUUUUUACAUAGCAUUUACAUUGCAUCCAUUUAUACAGCUGGAUACAGGUUUACAAGCCCAGUUCCUUACCCAUUAUACUACACUGCCACUACAAUUAGCCUAACCUGCAUGUCUUUGGACUGGGGGAGGAAACCGGAAUACCUGGAGGAAACUCACAUAGAUACGGGGAGAACAAGCAAACUCCACACAGAAAGGCCCAGGUUGGGAUAUGAUACCCAGGACCUUCUUGCUGUGAGGUGACAGUGCUACCCACUGCACCACUGUGCCACCCUGGAGGACAUCUCCUUUUACAAUGUUAUUUAAGUUAAAUCUAGAAUCUAAGACUUUGUUUCCCAUUUUAUUUAAGCCAUCAUAUUCCAUUGUCUUAUGUAAUAAGAACAAUUAUGAUGAUUAAAUUUACUUUGAAACUGGAAAAAAAUAGGAAUGAUUUUAAGAAUAUUGAAGCUUGGAGAUACUUUCACAAUUAAUAUUGAAUGUUCUGUUUUAAAGACUAAUAAUCUUUCAUUGUUAUUUAAUUAAUAUUGAAUGUCCUGUUUUAAAGAUUAAUAAUCUUUAAUUAUUUAUUUUUUGAUUUAAUACUUGACUAUUCAGCAAGCCCAGCCACUGUAGCUUAACUGCUUCUACGUUUAAUAAGGAGUGCUUUUUGUCUCCUAGUGACCGAUUGUUAUUGGUGAAUUUUUGUAUUUUAUAAUUGUAUUUUCUUGCACUUGUCACUGAAACCACUGAGUAUAUGGCUACUGCCGCCUGAUUUUCUAUAGUCUUGUUUUCUGAGAGUUCUUAAAUUUCUAUUUCUAUUUCGUUCUGUGUUGCCAGGCGUUAUAUAAGCAAGUGCCAAAAGCUGCUGACCACAGUAAUUUUCUUGCCUCCCAUUGUAAUAUAGUGCUUAUACCGUUA